AUGGUUAAAGUGGAUUGGAAGCCCGUAAUGGGUUUUAUUUAUGGGGAGAUUAAAGUAGCAAAAGAAGAAAUUAUGAAAGCUUUGGGUGGUCAAGAGAAAGCUUACAAGCCUAUUAUAGAUAUUAUAAUCAACAAGAUGAAAGGUAGGCUAGAUUCAAAAUUACAUCUGACAGCUUAUCUUUUGAAUCCUUAUUAUCAUUAUAAGGAUUCACAACUCCAACAUGAUCUUGACGUAAUGGAUGCGGUUCUUGAACUUUUUGAUACAUUACUUUUUGGAGAUUUAGAGAUGUAA